AUGGAUGGGUUAUCGGCAGCCGCAAGUGUAAUAGCCGUAAUCCAAAUCACCGGGACGGUUGUAUCUCUCUGCUCAGAUUAUCUCAAAGCUGUCAAAAAUGCGAAGCACGACAUCGAGCGCUUGCAGGGUGAACUCAUUGACCUCAGCACCACUCUCCAAGGCGCCCAGAAACUUCUUGACAGCCCAAGGGCCUCAAAACUCGAGACAUCGCAGGGGUUUCGUGGCGCACUCAAUGACUGUUCUUUGCAACUCAAAGACUUAGAAGCGAAGCUGAAAGGAAAGCUCGAAGCCGUCCAGAUCAUACGCUCUUUCAAAAUUCGCAGCUUGAAAUGGCCCCUAGAGAGCAAAGACGUGCAAAAUAUCAUUGAGAUAAUUCGUAAAUCUAAACACACGUUCGUCUCGGCCCUCAAUAUUGACCAGACGACUCUUCUUCUCGAUAAUCUUGAACGAGUUGAAGCUAAGGAACAGCUUGAGAUUCUCGAAUGGAUUUCAAGAGUACCAUAUGGAAAACACCAUAAUGUCGUUAAAGAGGCACGAACUGCUAGCACAUGCGAUUGGUUACUGGAUCAUGAGAGAUUUCAUGAAUGGGAGAACAGUAACGUCUCGGUUGUAUUGUGGCUUCAGGGGUCCCCUGGUGCUGGCAAAACUUUUCUUGCAUCGAAAGUAAUCGAUCAUGUUCAGGGUCUGCUUGAUAACUCGCCAAAAAAAAAUGAAGGAUUUGCUUUCUUCUACUGCAACAGGAACGAAACCGAACGCCGGGAGCCGCUCUCAGUUCUUCAAAGCUAUGCACGUCAGUUGUCAACUCCUUCUGGUAAUCUUAACGGCGUACCAAAACGUCUUUACAGCCUUUACUGGAAUAUGAAACAGAAGGGGUCGGACCUUGGCUUCAAGAGCUGCAAGGAUGAACUACUUGAGUUGACAAACAUCUACGAAAGCACCACGCUGGUACUAGAUGCCCUGGAUGAGUGUGAACUAGACUCACGGAGUCAACUGAUCGAGACAAUUGAAUUUCUAACGACCAAUUCGAAAAGUUUAAUUAGGGUCUUCAUCUCCAGUCGACCUGACCGGGAUAUCAAAAAUCGAUUCGUUGAUAAACCGAAUAUCGAAAUACAAGCCACGCAUAAUGCGGAGGAUAUACGAAAAUUUGUUAAUGGCGAGAUUGUGAAGCACGGGAAUUGGGCAGAAAUGUCCCCCGCCUUACAGGAAGAUAUCGUUGAAGUGCUUCUUGAAAAUAGUGACGGAAUGUUUCAAUGGGUCUAUCUUCAAGUCAAGCAAAUUCUUGACCUCGAAUCUGAGGAAGCUAUUAGAGCUCGACUUGGAAAACUUCCAGAAACCCUUAAAGAAGCAUAUGAUGAAAUUUACAGUAAAAUACAAGUUCGAAAUGAAUACGAUAAACUUCUGGCAGACCGCGCAAUUAUGUGGGUGAUGUGUGCCUUCGCACCCCUGAAUAGUGAACAACUUCUGGCUGCGAUUCGUCUAGAUUUUAACGAUAUCACCUGUCUGGCUAGUGAGAUCAAUGAAUCUCAAUUGCUACAUAUCUGCAAUCACCUACUUAUUCUCGACUCUCAACGUGGGAUAUGGAGAUUCUCUCAUCUUUCGGUAAGAGAAUAUUUUCAAAAGAAACACUGGACCAUUGAGCAAGCUCAUUGCCAUACUGCAAAAGUUUGUCUCGCACUUCUGAUUGAAACCUACAAAGAAUUGAGAACUAGCGAGAAACCAGACAACUCAAGAAACCAGGAUGUUUUCAAUCCAGGUCACCAGCUUCAUAAAGAAUACUGCGGGGGAUAUUGGAUGGAACAUGUCCAAACCCAAGAGAAUUUAGAAAAAGAUUCUGUAUUAGCGGAUCUUUUGAAAAGUUUUCUUGGGUCUCCGAUAGAAAGCAGUGCUCAAUAUCGAGGCUGGCAUCACGGAGUUCGAAGCCGGGGUCAUAUUUAUCGGUAUGAUGAUUCUCCUGUGUCUGAUUGCGCCAGAGCUCCAAACAAUAGCGGCGUUUAUGCCAUGUGUUGUUUCUCGUUUUAUACAAUUCUGUCGGAUUGGUGGGAUGAUGCCGAAAUUUGGCUGCCGGAAAUAAAACAUGACAGUGAUAGUCUUCUGGUACUUGCUGCUCUAUCAGGCAGUUUGCCCAUCUGUGAAAUACUCAUAAAGGGGGGGUUUGAUGUCAACAUGCAGCAUGGAGAUUAUGGCAGUGCUCUUGCAGCAGCAGCAGAAAUAGGGAAUACUGAAAUUGUGAAGUUCCUUGUUGGAAAAGGCGCUCGUAUUGACCUAUUACUUUCGACUGGAGAUUAUGGCAGUGCUCUUGCUGCUGCUGCAGCAAUGGGGAAUACUGAAAUUGUGAAGUUUCUCGUUGAAAAAGGCGCUCAUAUUGACCUAUUACUUUCGACUGGACGGUGUGGCAGUGCUCUCACAGUAGCAGCAGCAGGGGGAGAUACUGAAAUUGUGAAGUUCCUUGUUGAAAAAGGCGCUCAUAUUGACCUAUUACUUUCGACUGGAUUUUAUGGCAGUGCUCUUGCUGCUGCUGCAGCAAUGGGGAAUACUGAAAUUGUGAAGUUCCUCAUUGAAAAAGGCGCUCAUAUUGGCCUAUUACUUUCGACUGGACGGUGUGGCAGUGCUCUCACAGCAGCAGCAGCAAGAAUAGAGAUAACUGAUAGUGUGAAGUUCCUAGUUGAAAAAGGCGCUCAUAUUGAUCUAUUACUUUCGACUGGAGAUUAUGGCAGUGCUCUUGCUGCAGCAGCAGCAAUGGGGAAUACUGAAAUUGUGAAGUUUCUCGUUGAAAAAGGCGCUCAUAUUGACCUAUUACUUUCGACUGGAGAUUAUGGCAGUGCUCUUGCAGCAGCUGCAGCAGCAUAUGGGGGAAGUAUUAAAUGUGUCAAAUUCCUUGUUGAGCAAGGUGCGGAGAUUGAUCUAGUGCUUCAGACUGGAGAUUAUGGAAGUGCUUUAGUUGCUGCCGCUUACUGGGGUAGCAAGAGCUGCGUGAAAUGUUUGAUAGACGCUGGGGCAAAUGUGAAUCUUAGGUUGAAGACUGGACUUUAUGCCGACGCUCUGUGUGCUGCACAGGCAGAUCUUCCGGUGGAUCUAGAGGCGGACGAGUGGGACGACUCGAUCGACUCGGAUUUUUACAUGGCGACAAGACGACGAAAGGAUCAAGUUAUUGAAUUACUUCGAUAUCACGGCGCAGUGGAUGACGAAGAAACACUGACAGAUUAG